AUGAAUAAUUUAUCAUUAUCAGAUGAUUUAACAUUAGCACAGCAUGAAAUUGAUGAUCUAUGGCAUAAUAUAAAUAGUUCACCAUCCGAUCAUGUUUUUUAUUGGAUAUCAAUUGCAAGUUUUACAUUUGCUAUAUUAGGUUCAAUAAGUAAUUUAAUGACGUUUGUUGUUUUAAAUCAUUUAAGUAGUCAUUUAUCAACAUUUGCUUAUUUAACUGGUUUAUCUUUAUCUGAUAUGAUAACAUGUAUAUCAAUAAUAAUGACACAUUUAUUUGAUUUUAUUGUUCAAACACGUCGAAGAUUAGCUGCUGGUAGUCGUGUAUUAUCAUUAUGGAUAUCAACAGCAGUAACAAUGGAUCGUUGGAUGUUGAUAUGUUAUCCAAUAUAUAGUAAAAAAUUUUGUACAUUAAAACGAGCUAAAAUUAUUGUACGUACAUUAUUUAUAAUUGCAUGUAUUUAUUCAAUUCCAUUAUUUUUUGAAUAUGAAAUAAUUCCAAUGUCAAGUGUUUUACAAAUGAUUCAUAUUGAUAAUCAAUCAUCAUCAUCAUCAUCAUUAUUAAUUGAUGAAGAAUUUCUUCGAAAUAGUAUGCUUGUUACUAAAGGUUAUAGUGAUUUAGCUAAACGAAGACUUUAUCGUUGA